AAAACAGGUGAUGCAGACACUGCACCCAACAGGGAGGAGAGGGCUCUAUCCCUAGAGGAGGAGGAGGAAGGAGAGGAGAGCCAGAUGAAGGGACUUCCCAGCAGAGAGGAGCGGCAGGCUACUGCUGAGUGGGAACCCUCAGUGGAGCCGGAGGUGACUUUAGAGUCUGACUCCUGUGAGGAGCCUGAAGACCAUCCUUCUCCGGGGGACAGAGUGAGAGAGAAGACAGAGGAGAGGAGACUGAGGCAAGUAAGACUUGUGGAGUGGUGCACUGACUGUGGGUCAGAACCUACACUCACCUGCACUACACGGCGACACAAGAAGCUGUAUGUGUGCGGUGUGUGGGAGGUGUGGAUGUUGGUGUGCGUGAUUGCCAGUCUGAGGAGCCUGUUGGGUUUGACAGACUCAGCAUUUUUUUAUUUUUUUAUUUCACCUUUAUUUAACCAGGUAAGCCAGUUGAGAACAAGAUAUCAUUUACAACUGCGACCUGGCCAAGAUAAAGCAAAGCAGUGCGAUUAAAAACAACACACAGAGUUACAUAUGUGGUAAACAAAACAUAAAGUAAAAAAUACAACAGAAAAUGCGGUUCAACAACCUAGAAAGUUAUGAGGACCAGGUCCGUCGAGAGCACUCCAAACGUUCACAGUUUCUCUGCCCUGACUGGCAUCCUCAUCUCAACUUUACUCAGUGUGGAGCAUCAGUGUGAACACAAGUUCAAGCUGUUCUGUCUGUGGGAAGCACUGCGUGGAUGAAGCUGGCCUCAAGCAUCACCAGAGGCUCCACCGUCAGGAGCAUGUCUACUCCUGUAAGUUCUGCCUAAAGCCAUUCAAGGCCCUGGAAGACAAGUGGACCCAUGAGAAGAACGACCACCGAGUCAAAAGGUUGCACUAUAGGUGCUCCGAAUGCCCCCAGGGAUUUUACAACAUCUUGAAACGGAACCGCCAUCUCAGAGAGCACGAGUCCAAGAGACACAUUUGUCACACGUGCUACAAGGAAUUCCCCCAACUUAGCAAGCUUGAGAGGCACGAGCUGAGCCACAGUGACAACAAAUCUUUC